GUCGUGAGGAGGCCGGGUUGCUGCCCAGGGGGAUGCGGAGUGCCCACAGUGUCGGCCGGUACCUGCCGGCGGGGAGCCGAGCUUCCGAACACGUCUCCAUGUCUGUGAACCAGCAGUGACCCAUUUGUUUUGCCUUCUCCUAGCUCAUGCAUUUUUUUGAGUCUUGGUAACGGGAAUGUUUUGUCUGGUCAGACUCAAAGCCGUCAGCAGGAUAGAACCAACAACGCUGAGGACCAAUGACGUGUCGGGAGGAUCCUGGGAAAAUGGAGCUGUUGAUGGCACACCUCUGAAUCAGCUGCUACUUCUUGUCUCCAGUUUUCAAAGCUCUUAAAAGUUCUCUGGAAGUGACCAGAAUCUUCCCUAAGUAUGAACAAGGAAAUGUAGAAGUUUUCAGUAAAUACGUCUCGGUCUUGAAAAGAACUAGAAUGCCAAAGACAAGAACCCCAGCACUCUGCCCAUCCUCCUGUGAGACCCUGGUAAUUCUCUAACAAAUCCAUCAUGUGUCUGCUGGGCUGGAGCAUCUGCUGGGAAAAGUUCCAGAACCCCAAGAUGCCUUGAGGUUUGUCUGCUUCCAGAAGCAGCUAGUGGUGGCCUUGGUGUUCUUUCCUGGGCAUGUCCUGAGAGCUUUUUUCUGUGCUCUGUUCUGAUGUAUGGCCUCCACAAUUGUGCAGCCGAAGGAUGACCUUGCUCUUUGGGUGGGACAAUAGUGAAGGAGGGAGCCGUGUGAGUAGAAGUCUGUGGGAAGAGAGCAACACUGAGCAUGUCUUUGCCCAAUCAGUCCAUAGAAGGCCCUCCCCAGGAGGUCUCCAACAGAUCCCUGAAUGCUACAGGGGAUUGGAACCCACAGGUCUUGCAGGCGCUCAAAAUUUCCCUUGUGGUGAUCCUUUCCCUCAUCACACUGGCCACUGUCCUCUCCAAUGCCUUUGUACUUACCACCAUCUUGCUCACCAAGAAGCUCCACACCCCGGCCAAUUAUCUCAUUGGCUCCUUGGCCACCACCGACCUCCUGGUUUCUAUCUUGGUCAUGCCCAUCAGCAUAGCCUAUACUACCACCCGCACCUGGAACUUUGGCCAAAUCCUGUGUGACAUCUGGGUGUCAUCUGACAUCACAUGCUGCACGGCCUCCAUCCUACAUCUCUGUGUCAUUGCUCUGGACAGGUACUGGGCCAUCACCGAUGCCCUGGAGUACAGCAAACGCCGGACAGCAGGCCACGCAGCAGCCAUGAUUGCGGCAGUCUGGGCCAUCUCCAUCUGUAUCUCCAUCCCACCCCUCUUCUGGAGGCAGGCCACAGCUCAUGAGGAGAUGUCCGACUGUCUGGUGAAUACAUCUCAGAUCUCUUACACCAUCUACUCCACCUGUGGGGCCUUCUACAUCCCAUCCAUCUUGCUCAUUAUCCUGUAUGGCCGCAUAUACGUGGCCGCCCGGAGUCGCAUCCUGAACCCACCCUCCCUCUAUGGGAAGCGCUUCACCACGGCACAGCUUAUCACAGGCUCUGCGGGCUCUUCACUCUGUUCGCUCAACCCCAGCCUCCACGAGAGCCACUCACACACAGCCGGCUCCCCUCUCUUUUUCAACCAGGUGAAAAUCAAGCUUGCUGAUAGCAUCCUCGAACGCAAGAGGAUCUCUGCAGCUCGAGAAAGGAAAGCCACUAAGACCUUGGGCAUCAUCCUGGGGGCCUUUAUCAUCUGCUGGCUGCCUUUCUUUGUGGUGUCUCUGGUCCUCCCCAUCUGCAGGGACUCCUGCUGGAUCCACCCGGCCCUCUUCGACUUCUUCACGUGGCUGGGUUAUUUAAACUCCCUCAUCAAUCCCAUCAUCUACACUGUGUUCAAUGAAGACUUUCGACAAGCAUUUCAGAAAGUUGUCCACUUCCGGAAGGCCUCCUAGUCGGAUUUGGGGGUGACUCUUGGUCAUUGUUAUAUCCUGUAACCUGACUAAGGUUGCCUUUUUAAAUUAUUGUUGUUUCUCUAAGACUUGGAUUGAUGUGUACUAUCUUGGGUCUUGGAUUAAUAAUCAAUAGACUCGUUCUAUAUUCAACUGCCAGCAUCUUUCAGACUUUUGAGUCACCUAAAGCUAGGCCAUUGUGUGAAAGGGGACGGGAUUGAAAAUGUCCCUUAUCUAAUAUUCUCAUGGUUCUCUGGAUCGGAAGAACUCUAAGCUACAGGACUGAGGUGAGGAACUGUCUUAUUCUCUAGCAGGCUCAGAGGGAAGGCCUUCUGGUCUACCUGGGAUCUUAUAUGGGACCGUGGAGAGUGGGUAUGAUUAAUGACUUGAAUUAGAGAGAAUUUGGGGUCAGAAUGGAGGGGUCACCAUCUUCUAUAGCUUCUUGAUUAGAAAAUAACACCCAGUUGCUUCCACUGGGUCCUGGUUGUCCAAAAGGAAAGUGGUACUGGUGAUGCAGAGUGAUGUGGACAGAAAUUCAGAAGGUGGCAUCAGGGGAGAGGGAUACUUGGGACCAGAUCAACUACUCUGCAUCCUUUAUCCUUCCCUCUAUCUCUAGCAUAUAAUUUUCAGAAGUUCAAACCUACCAUCAUGCCACUCAAGAAGACUGACAAGUGUUGGACCCACCCACCAAGCUUUGAUUGGGUCACCCCAUUCUGCCCAUUCUGAUUUUUUUUUCUGAAUCAUUAUUUAUUAUUUUUUUUUUACAACUCAUUGUCAUCAGAGUUCCUAAGAUGUGAAGUCUUAUCAAAUAAAAAGCAUGCCACAUA